AGAUCCGGAAAUUCAAAAAAAAAAACAAUAUGAUGAAAAUGAUAACGAAAUUUCCUAUUACAAUAACCAUUUUAAUCAUCAUCUUCAUUGACAAUUAUGGUAAUGCUAUUGAUUUUGAAUUAUGGAUAUUGAAUUCGACAUUUAAAACAACAACAACAACGACAACAACAAUUGCAACUAGUGUCAAUAAUAAAAUGGCCAAAGAUAUGGAUGAUUGUUAUAGAAAAAAUUUACGACUUUUUAAACGUUGUGAUUUAGAUUUUGAAAAUCAUUUAGAAGAUUAUGAUAAUAUAUUCAAUGAUGAUAUGAUGAUUGUUGUUGACAAUGACAAUUUAUCCAAUGAUCAAAUGCAGAAAAUUUGUUGCCAAUUGAUUGUACCAUACAAAAAAUGUUAUAAUAAUAUUGCCAUACGUAAAAAUUGUAAACAUAAAUCAAUUAUUGAUAUACAAAAACAUUUGGACGAAUAUUUAUUACGAAAAUAUCCAUUCAUAAAUUGUGUGAAAUUAUGACAAUAAUUCACAUAAUAAUCAUUGUUUUAAUAAAAUUUUAUUCUGGUCAUUAGUUGCUGUUUGCACAAUAAUCGGCAUUAUUGUCACUGGUAUUGUAUUCGGUUAUUAUCUAUGGAAUUUUAUUUUGUAAUGAAAAUCAAAAAAAAAGUG